AUGGAUCGAAGGAUAUGCGAGAUCUUUAGAAGGGUUGAUAAGGAUUGUAGUGGUUAUAUUAAUGCAGAGGAAUUGCAAGCUGCUCUUACGAAUGGCCUGGGUACUCCAUUCGACAUUACCUGCAUCUCCUUGAUGAUAUCUCUUUUUGACAGUGAUAACAAUGGCACCAUAUCUUUAAACGAAUUCGGUCAACUUUUUAACUACAUAACUUCAUGGCAGAACCUAUUCACUCAGCAUGAUCGUGAUCGUUCUGGAUCGAUUGAUCUCAACGAAUUUUCUUCUGCUCUACAACAUUUUGGAUAUCGUCUUAGUCCAUGCUUUGUGCAGUGGUUGAUGACGCGUUUUGACAGACAGCGCCUGAAUAAGCUCGGAUUCGACAAAUACAUAUACAUUCUUGUAUGUCUGCAGAUCCUUACGAAAAGCUUUAGUGCAUUGGAUGUCCAAAGACGCGGUGUUGUAAACAUGAGCUUUGAACAAUUUCUGGGAGCCGCCUUUAAUAUAAGCACCCCCGGCCACUGA